CCUCGUUGACGGAGUCCCCGCGGGAGCUCUAGAACUUUCCGCGUUGCCGCAUCCCGCGUGUUCCACCACCUUCCAGAACCCAGACUCCCCGGCUCCGGCCACCGAUAUAAACUCCCUCCCCCUCCUCCUCCCGUCGCAUCAUCACCAAGGCAUUCCACAAAAAUCAGCAAACAAUCCAACGCAGUCCAAUCGGAGGAGAUCCAUCGAUCAGCAAGCGAGGAUGGAGGGCAGGAUGUUUGGGCUGGAGACCCCGCUGAUGACGGCGCUGCAGCACCUGCUGGACAUCCCGGACGGCGAGGCCGGCGGACCUGGCCAUGCCGGCGGCGAGAAGCAGGGCCCGACCCGCGCCUACGUCCGCGACGCGCGCGCCAUGGCGGCCACCCCCGCCGACGUGAAGGAGCUGCCGGGCGCGUACUUGUUCGUGGUGGACAUGCCGGGGCUCGGGUCCGGCGACAUCAAGGUGCAGGUGGAGGACGAGCGGGUGCUGGUCAUCAGCGGCGAGCGCAGGAGGGAGGAGAAGGAGGACGCCAGGUACCUGCGGAUGGAGCGCCGCAUGGGCAAGCUGAUGCGCAAGUUCGUGGUCCCCGACAACGCCGACACGGAGAAGAUCUCCGCCGUUUGCCGCGACGGCGUGCUCACCGUCACCGUCGACAAGCUGCCGCCGCCCGAGCCCAAGAAGCCCAAGACCAUCCAGGUCCAGGUCGCCUGAGAGAUGGAUUGGACGACCGAACCAGAGAGAGGUCCUUUGCCUGCACGCCGGAUCGAAGCUGAGUGGGUAGUGAUCGUCUGAUCGAUGAUUAGGGAGUGAGUUUCCUGAGAUGCGUGAUGUGUGUGUGUUUUCUAUCUCUGCUCGUAUGGUGUCCGAGUGUUGUGUGACUAGUUUUCGCUUUUAGUGCAAUUUCAAUCACAUUUCGGGAAACAUUUCGGGAAGUUCAUUAAUUUUGGAUCAUACGGAAAUAAUUGCCUUUCUUCAAAA